CCAAGACGAUCCAGGCUAUUCAACUCAAACUAAAUUUUUUUUUCGUACUUUAUUCAUUUUUCAAAGAAAAAAAAAAUGCAAGAAGAACAAGAAGAAAAUAGGGAGAGCCGAAGCCAUGCACGGGAAAAGGAGGAUCUCAUGUUACCUCGUGGAUUCUAAAUGCUUUGCAGUUUAGUUGGAAAGGUAAAUAAGGAGGCUACCUAUGGCACCAAGCAACAUAAAUUCUCCAACUUUGGCUUUGGAAGCAACAGGGUAUAUAUUUUGCUAUUUUUUAUCUUCAUGACGUACGGAUUAAAUUUGUUGUUUGUGGAAGCUUGAUUGGUGGCUCUUUAUAUCUCACAUAUAUUGACAGUUUGUUAUUGCAUUCAAAAAACAAAAGGGAUGAAAAGGUUAAAACCAAGCCUUAGAAAGUUGAGGGAAGAUAUUGGUAAGCAGCAAAAAUGCAUCAAGGAAGCAAAAAAAGUUAAAGACGGGAAGUUUAAAAUGAUUGUAUCCCAAUAUUGUCACCACCUCAGCUGGAAGGAAACUCAGCUCAUUUCCCAGCAGAGUGCUGCAACGCAUUUUUAGCUUGCCCUUGUCUUUCAAAUCGUCAAUGCUAGAGAGGACAAGGAUUUCAACAAAGCUAAUGGCCUUACACGCUCUCUCCGAAAAAAAACGAGAAGAACAACAGGAAAAGAGGAAGAGCGAAGAACACUGGAAAAGGAAGAUCUCAUGUUACAUACCUCAUGGUUUCUGAAUUCUGAAUGCUUUGCAGUUGUUUCAGAUGAGGAUGUCUGGAUGUCCAGUGUAAUUGGUUUUCACACUUAUAUAUCAAGUGUUAAGUGUGGCAUAUCAAGUGUUUCUUGACGCUCUAUAUCAAAUACUUUCAAACCUGUGUUUGUAGUUUUAUAUCAAACACGUCGUUGUCCACACUGUAUAUAUAUCAAAUACUUUCAAACCUGUGUUUGUAGUUUU